AUGAUGAGGCAUGGAAAGGUCUUUGCUGUGCGGCAUGAGUGCAGCAUGUCAAACGGCGGCUUGACGUUCCGUUUGAAAGGAGAAAGAAGUUUGUUUGAUGGAUCUGUAGCACUCUGUUUCUUGUACUCCCUGAGCCACCGACCCCUCCCUCCACCCAUUUUCGCGUCUAUUUCGCUCCACCCACCACCAUCGAUUUGGUUAGAUACCCAACCGAUCCCCUCAUCGACUGCCGACCCUCGUUUGCACCACUCCAGCUCCCCGUUUCCUACUUACAUCAUAAUGUCGCCUGCAGGAUCUUCGCACACAUCCCCGCGCAGCUCCCAGCGAGAGAACAGGCCUCUCGAGAGACGCGAAGAGGUGGAGGAUGACAAGCAGUCCACCCUCAGCCAAGCGUCUGGUACCCCCCGCACAGAGCAGACCCACGCACUUCGGCUCGUUGCGGGCAGCCGGGUCCGUCACGCUCGCUGCGCGCCAGAGUUCCUCGAGGAAAUCGCGGUCAGGGACACACAUAUUUACCUCAAGAAGGCAGCGUCGAAGAAGUUCAAGGUCCUCACCAACUCUGAAGCCAGGACAUUCUAUACCACAUACAUUAAUAAUUAUUCUAAAACGGAAGCAAACUCCGUACGAAACGAUAACGACAAUGUCACAAAUACAAUGCCCUCUCCAAUCGUAUUUGCAGUUACAGUAUACGAAGGGGAGUUCAAAUGUGUGGACUAUUAUAUGACCUGGCGCGGGCAGCGGAAAGCGCGUCAGGGGAAAGAGUAUGAACGACAGGUUGAAAUCCUUGACUCUGGGUUUCGAAGACUGGCAAGGGCGCUGGAUGACGACUACAAGCGAAUUUCCUCUUUAAGAAAACAUGACAAUCUUUCCCCCCUCCAUCCAAAGUUCGACAUGAAGUCCCGCUCUACUGCGCCACCCAGCAGAUCGCGUCCUUCCGGAGUCGCUCUUUCGGCCGCAGAAGAAGAGCCGCAGAAAGUGAACGAGCUCACCCCUUCCCUACCCGAGCCUCCUGUAUCUGCUACGGAUAGUGUAAUGUCCCUUCCCCUUCUGAACAUGGUCCGGGGUGUACCAUUUAGUCAUCGAGUCCCUUUACGGGUCACGAACCCAGAUAGGUUGUCUGUAAUUUCUGAUAUCGAUGUCACUAAAAUUGAACCUGAGAAGCUGGCGAAAGCGAUGGCAGUCACAUUUGAACAAGCUUCAAAUGCCGUUCCGGCUGUCCGUAGGGUACCCGAUCAAAAUACCAAUGAACGGCUCAAGAGGUCCUCAGCCAGCGUUCGGUCAUCUGAUACACAAUCGAGCAAAUCUUCGCGUUCAAGCCGUUCCAGUUCUCGCUCAAAGAACCGGUCAGGCCGCCAUAGUUCGCUUGGGGGUCGGCGCGACUCCUCAAGACAACCAGAAGGCGGUUCGUCGCGGGACGAGGAACUACCAGAGUUUCUCAUCGUUUUCUUGGGGGACAAACUUGACCGAGAUACGACAUCAUGGCAUGGACUUGAGAGACAGACCUCCGUUCGAAGCCUCCCUCCUGACCGCCAUUCGCCGUGGAUGGGUCCUUUGGCAAGGGCCGAUAGCAUCGGUUACAGGCAUUCGCCAACGGACACUCCUCAAGACUCUGACGAUUCCGAAAACGACAGACCAGAUGCUCCUCCUGUCAUCCCCAUGAAGCCUAUGAUGGAGGCAAUGGGGCUCAUUCAGACUCAAUACUAUCGGUCGCCUCCUGUCGUACCUGGUGGCAAGUAUAUCAGCAUCGGAAGUAUAGGGUCCCCUCAAUCCAAUCAGAGCCCUUACCUCUACUCCAGUCCUCGUAUGGAUGCGUCCUCGCCAUACGUAGCACCGUGGAUGGGCCAGAUGCCGCUACCUCCAAGUGCACCGUCCUCUCGACCCCCGUCGCGGGCCUACUCCGCGGCCUCAUUCGCAAGUCCUUACACGCAGUCCCACGCCGGUCCCUACUGA